AUGAGUGGUACCCCUGGCCCCUGGUCCUCCUCUGUCCUGCCCCCUGCUCUCACACUGCGCUCUGGCUUCUGGAUCUCAGUGGACCUCAUGGAGACCUCCAGCACCUUCCUGUACUUCGCCUACGGCAGUAACCUGCUGAAGGAGCGUCUGCAGCUGAAGAACCCGUCUGCUGCUGUGCACUGUGUGGCCCGACUCCAGGACUAUCGGCUGGUCUUCGGUAACCACCGCGGCAUGGCGAGCGAGCGCUGGCAUGGGGGCGUGGCCACGAUCGAGCGCAGCCCGGGGGAGGAGGUGUGGGGGGUGGUGUGGAGGAUGAGCCUCAACGACCUGGACUCUCUGGACAUGCAGGAGAACGUGACGCUGGGGGCCUACAGUCCCGUGGAGCUGGUCGUGAGGAGCAGAGGAGCCAAGCUCAGCUGUCGCACUUACAUCAUGAACAGCUGUGUGUAUGCGCCGCCAUCACCACAGUACCUCAAGGUGAUGGUGAUGGGCGCGCUUCAGAACGGGUUACCCGCCGAGUACCAGGCCAAACUGAGGCUCAUCAAGACCAACAUGUACCAAGGUCCUCUGCCGGUGAUGGACGAGCUGACGAGGCGGAUACAGAGCCCCGCCCACUUAUGA